ACCACUGCACGCACAGCUGAAAUAACGUUUUUGUAUUAAUACGUACAGUACCGUACAGUAAAAGUUUUAUUUUGAUGUUAAUCUGGAUUUCUUAAGUCGAACAAGUACUUUGAAGACAAAGCUGACCUCUUAAGGCACUCAGAAAAUAUUUAGCCUGAAUGAAUACGGUUCAUUUGACUACGCGACAAAUGUAAUUAAACAAACAAAAACAUAUCGGUCGAAAUCAAAUAAAUCCAAAGAUAAACCAAAUUCAAAUUAAGGGUGAAGAGAGUCGCUGUCUACUGUAACUACCAGAACUACACGAAAGUCAUUCGUCUAAUAGGACAUCUACAAACGUUAUGUCGACCCCAAAUCAAACCAAUUUUAUCGAUCUGAACGAUGACUGCUGCUACCAUAUCUACAAAUUCUUAUCAAUAGUCGAUUGGAGUUCCCUACGUGAUACAUGCACCCGUUUCCGGACAAUUUCUGAUUAUUGUUUCGAUAGACGAAGACGAACAUUUGAACUGAGUGACAUCUCUAACUCUUCUAAUAAAAUGGAACCGUCCGAAGUGAAACGCGUUCUUCGAGCCUUUGGUAGAUUCAUGAAAACAUUGUCGAUCGAUCGAGAACGUUUUAAGAGGAAUACCGAUUGCAACGUAUUGGUGCUGUUUCUCGAUCGCUAUUGCCGAUCGUUAGUAGACCUUGAACUUGCCAACUUCAGAUUGACUCGGACAACGAUCGUACAAUGUCGUCGACUGUUUUCCAGUUUACAGCGAUUGGUGAUAGAUGAGUGGAACGACGAAGCAGCCUUCACCGCCUUCACUAGUUGUUUGGCUACAUGUGCAUCAUUAACGGAAUUGGAAUUUAUUGGCUUGUAUGGCAUCGUAGGAGAUAGUUUGGCAAACAGGCGUAUUGCAUCUUUAAAGUCGUUUAAGAUGAGUGGCUCCAUCGGUUUCAGCUGUAAAGCGAUCAAGAGUUUUCUCACCAAAAAUGAUCAGUUAACACAAAUCAAAUUGUGGGAUCUACACUUCAAGGAUCACGAGGGUGCUGACAACAUCCUCGAACACGUUGCCAAUAAGUUGCUAAAAUUGGAGGCUCUGAGUCUGCAAUUCAAUAUAAACUUCAUGCCAAACAUUUUCCCUGUGACAGAAAUGCCAUUGCUCAAGAAACUCGAAGUUAAUUUAGAGUAUAUUGUAAGAGUGGAAGAAAUGCUACGUGGCCUAACAGUUCUCAAUAAUCUCGAAGAUUUGCAUUUAAUCUUUUUUAAGUGUAAUGUCGAAUCGAUCAGGCUGUUGACUUUAUUAAAAAGUUUGAAGAUACUGAAGCUCUCCGAACCGUAUAAUUUGGAUAGGGAUAUGUGUAAGAGAUUAGCUAGCGGACUGCCUGGUCUGGAGGAGAUUCAUAUCACUGUACGCAACGAAGAAACUUCAUUAAAUGAGAUCAAAGAGAUCGUUUUGCUUGUUCCGAAUUUAAGGAGAAUCGUUUUUAAUCGUAUUGCGAGGAUCAGACCACCAAUUGCAAUUGCACCAGAAGUGUUUCAAUCGUUGGUGGAAAUCAGGAAAAGCCAAGCAACGAAGGAAAUUUUGUUGAUUUUCCUGAACGAUAAGGACUUAUGUGACAUCGAAAAUGAAUUAAAAUCAAGUGAAAUAGGGAAAAAGUUAGCUGAACAUGGAUCCCUGUUGAAGAUGUUGAAGUUGGAUAAAGAAUAUCGAAGGACUUUAUCCAAUUAUUGGGUCCGCAUGAAUCCAGCUUUUUGUGCAACAUCUGGUGCUGGAUUUUUUUAAUUAGGAAAACUUAAGACUCACUCUGUAAGUGUUUCUAAUGGGUGAAGCUGUAAUCACACGUACUCCGUUUAGCUCUCCGUUUACUUUUAACGAUGAGAAGUGUGAGGAGAUUCCAUAGGAACAGAGAGCUAAACGGUGUAAGUGCUGGAUAUGUAUAAGCAUAGCAUCUGAACCAAACAGUAGGAGAGGCGGAGGCCUGUGUAUGCAACCCUACCAUGUUGUCAUUAUAAAAGAUCAGAGUUGCCGGCUCACUAUAUUUUGGAAUUUCCGUUAAAAAAAUCGGUUCUAGUGCUUGGUUCAGUGCUAUGGUAUAAGUAUUCUUAUUCACGUCAUGUGACGGUCCAACAU